GCGGCGAGGGAAUCGAUGUUCGUGCUGCGUGGCCUUUUCACCAACAUCCUAUUAGUCACCAGACGAAGCCUCUUUUACUCCGGGGGAUCGAUCGCCCGCGCUGGCCGCGCUCCGUUUGCCCUCUGGACCCCCGUGACAGUGUGCCAGAGUUCACCUACGCAUCACUCAGACACACUGCGGCGGAGUCUCUCUGCUCGCCAUCCCCGCGAGGAAGCUCAGAGUGCCAAGACCACCCUAGGGCUUCAGAGAGUGCAUGCUGGGAGGCCUGGGUGGACGCACCGAAGGAUGGCCGUGUUCUGGAAAGCGGUGGCGGGUUCGCUGCUCCUCGCCGUCUGCCUCAUGGGAGGACGCGUUGACGGGCAAGGGAACGGUAAAAAGGAGGUAUCGGGGGACUCCAUCAUCUACCUCGGUCAGGAGAGAAACCCCUGGAGGCCGCUGAUCCGCACCACGGCCAACCUGACAGAGCUCAGAAGCAUCAAAUCCAGCUUUCAGUUUCGGACCUUCGACCCCGAAGGGGUGAUUUUCUACGGAGACACCAAACACGGAGAGGACUGGUUCGUGUUGUCCCUGAAGGAGGGGCUCCCCGUGAUGCAGAUCAGCAAAGAGGACGUCCAGGUCAGCGUGACGGGUGGGCCCAAGCUCAACGACGGCAAGUGGCACACGUUGGACGUGAGCAACAAGGGAAAGUUCGUCAUCCUGGAAGUGGACGGCUCACCGGGGCUGGUGGUGGGAAUGCACUCCAAACAGACCAAGGAGGUGGUUUCUGGACAGCUUCGACUGGCCCUGGGUGGGAUCCUCACCGACAAGGAGAAGAUGAUUGUUGAGUUUGAGCCGCAGAUGGACGGCUGCGUGCGGGAAGGCCGCUGGCUGAACCUCAGCAUGCCCUGGGAGGCGGACGCAGACGAGCUCAGGGUUUGCCACCAGAACAUUCAGCCGGGCAGCUUCUUCGCUGGCGAAGGCUUCACCGUCUUUAACACCUCGAGCGUUUUCCCUGUGGAAGAAGAUCAGGGCUUCAGAGUGGAGCUUUGGGGGGACUUCAGUCAGAUGGAUGGAACCGUUGUGAGCCUCAUGUCCUCACAGGAAGAGCUGCUGUGGGUUGUGACGGCCAAUAACAACACAAAUGAAGUUCAUGUCGCUGUUGGGGAGAUAAUAGCCACUCUGAGAAACACUUUUAAGAGGCUGCAGAUUACCAUUCUGGGGGAUCUCGUGAAAGUAAUCAAGGACGCAGGCGAAUCAGAUGUAACGACGUAUUCUUACGAACUGGAGAGCCGCCCUGGAUACCUGACGACGCUGAGAGAGGGCCGCCUCGCCAUCGGAGGUCUCCUGGGUGGUGGUAAGGAUAUGGUUGGCUCCCAUUUCCUGACAGGCUGUCUGGAGAAGAUCCAAGUCCAGGGGAAGGAUUUGGAUCUGGAUUCAGCUCUCAUAGACAUGUCAGCUUCAUCUCACAGCUGCCCCGCAUAGACGAGGAGAGCAUGCUUGGACUGGAUGGGGACAGGAUGCUGGCUGUGGAGGAAUUUCUUUCAUUUACUACGGGUCCAUAAUUCAUAGAAAAUAAGAUAACCGCAAAUUAUUUAGAUAAGUGAGGUACGCUGUAUGCUAGAAAAAAAAACUGAUGUCUUAGAAGAGAAUAUGGAAACAAAGGGAAAAUAAAACAUCACCAACUCAAACAAGUGAGAAGCAAUUAGUGGCAGCAACGAGAUGAAAAAAAUCAUUGGCAUGCAGCAUGACUGU